UAUCUUUGUGUGAUUUGGAUGAAAAGGCUGUGUCUGAAUUGCCGAUAGAUCAUCAUACUGAUGACAGUUCCUUGGAGAUGACAUCUCAAGGUUCCGAGAAAAUAACCGUAAAGGUAGAUGCCAAGGAGACAGCAGAGGAUUCAAGGAUCAAUUUUGAUGUUGAUAUUGCUGCAAUAUGUGAUGAAUCUUGUGAUGCCAAUGCUUUGUUUGAGUCGGAUGCUGGUGAUUUUGUUCAAGUUGGUAAUUCAUAUAUAAAAUCAAACCUUGGUGGUGAUGAAAAUCAACAAAGUAAGAUGCCUUCGACCAAUGCAGCCAGUGAAAUCACUUCCUUAGCAUCAGAUAGAGGCAGAUGCAGCACAUCUCAAGCAUGUGAGCUCUCAAAUGAAAAACAAAAUCAUGAAGUUAAUUUUUCAAAUCUGGCUUCUUCUGAAGUAAAAAGUCCUGCUUCUGAUGCACUGUGCUGCGAUGAAAUUGAAAGUUCAAGUACUGAACAGAUCUACAAUGCUCCGGCAUUAGUUAAGCCAGCUGAAAAGAAAGAGAUGAACAUGGGUUGUUCUUCCUCCAGUGUCCUAUUCGGAGACUCAGAUGGGUUCUCUAUGAUCAGAGCAAUAGAGUCAGAUGAGUAUUCUCAUGACACUGUUGUUGUAUCUCAUCCAGAAAUUCCAGAAGCAUGGAGUUCAGAUGCAACAAUGAUUGAUACCGUGCAACAAGAUGAUGAGCAGAAUCUUGAUGAAACUUGUAUUAUGGUGACCAGAGAUGAACUUCAAUUAGCUCCCAAGACUGGUGGUAAUCUAGAGAAUAAUAAGAAAAAGAGGCGGCAACCCUUCUCGUUAUCCAAGAAGUCUGCAAGGAAGCAAGAGUAUAAGGAGCUUGUGAUAUGGCAUGGAAACAAUGAUGAAGAGGAGGAUGUUGUGAAGAAUUCAUGUCCAAGCUCAGUUAAGGAUCACAAAAAUUCACAGCUUCCUGAUGUCUCUGAACCUGAAUGGGAGCUUCUCUGAAUAUACCACAUUUUUAUCCCUUAUAUAUAUAUAUAUUGUUGAGCAUGCAGUAUUGCAGCGAAGAUUCAAUUUUCAUACAAUAAGAAUUUAUGUUACUAGACCUUUUCCUAGUUCCUAGCAGCAACACUUUUAUUCCUUCUUUUUCCCCUGUUCUUAAUUAAUUAGGCCAUUCAAAUGAGAACAUCUAAAUAGGGUAGUUUAAGUUAUAUAUAGAAUGUGAAUGUCCUCUUUUUUUUU